AACCUUAAGAUGCAGUAAUGGAUGAUCGUUGUGUGCCUCUGGGCGGAGACGAAGCGCUGGCCAAUUGAUUUGGGGUAGGUUUCUUGUAUUUGAGGUUAGCUCAGAUGGAUGAUGUCCCAGAACAACGCGGCGUCCUCAUUUGGUAAUUUCACCUCAAAACCAGGGGCUUUUUCGCGAUCGAGAAUACAAGCACCGAAAAAGAAUAAAGAGGAAGAAGAACCAAAACCCCCCGGAAACAAUACGAAAAUUUAUUAACCCAGCUCGGAGGUCGAUCUGAAACAACGUUAAUGGCGGCAUAAGGGAAUCUCUGUUCUUCGAUCUCUCUCCCGAACCGUAUCUCCCACUCUGCGCCGGCGGAUUCGUUUCCCUUCCCAUGGCGGCCCCGUUCUUUUCGACGCCGUUUCAGCCCUUCGUGUACCAGAGUCCACAGGAGGCUGUAACGCCUUUUCAAAUUCUGGGAGGUGAAGCUCAGAUAGUUCAGAUAAUGUUGAAGCCGCAGGAAAAGAUUAUGGCCAAACCUGGUUCCAUGUGCUACAUGUCUGGUUCCAUCCAAAUGGAAAACAUAUACGUCCCUGAAAAUGAAGCUGGGAUGACACAAUGGCUCUUCGGAAAGAGUGUGACGAGCAUAGUUCUUCAUAACACUGGUUCAACUGACGGAUUUGUGGGCAUUGCUGUACCUUCUCUAGCAAGAGUCCUUCCAAUUGAUUUAGCAAAGUUUGGUGGUGAAAUAUUGUGCCAGCCAGAUGCAUUCCUUUGCUCAAUAAAUGAUGUGAAAGUCAACAGUACAAUUGACCAAAGAGCCCGCAACAUGGUUCCUAGUGCAGAGGGAUUUUUGAGGCAGAGAAUAUCAGGCCAAGGGCUUGCUUUUAUAGUUGGUGGAGGUUCUGUUGUGCAGAAAAAUCUUAAUGUUGGCGAGGUACUUUCCGUUGAUAUUUCAAGCAUUGUUGCAAUCUCAUCAACUGUAAAUGUCCAAAUCAAGUACAAUGGGCCCAUGAGAAGAGUAGUGUUUGGGGGUGAUAAUCUUGUAACCGCAGUUCUAACAGGACCGGGCAUGGUGUUCAUUCAAAGCCUUCCAUUUCAUCGGCUUUCCCAACGCAUUGCAAGGGCUGUAACAUCUCCGAAUAUGAGGGACAAUCCAAAGUUCUUCCUCCAGAUCGUCAUUUUCUUCUUUCUUGCUUAUGUUGUGGUUGUGUCAUCCUUAAUCUUGACGGAUAUGUGAAGUGUUUUUCGUUUCUCGUAGGAUUCAUUAGAUCCUUCUUUUCAAGUCCAACCAUAGUUUAGCUGAGUUCUGUUGGCAAAAGAAAAUUAAGUUAAUUUUGUUUAUUUUUUUUACAGGGGUAUGUAAUGUACUAAUGUAUAAUGUAAAAACAUAAUACAAAUACUUUCCUUUAAUUGAAGUAUGGUAGAUUUUCAGCCUACAAGGCAGAUGCAAGACCUGUGCACAUCCUAUCAUGCAAGAACUCCACUUGUGGAGAGUUGGACACGGUCCUAGAACUGUCCGGGCACCGGACCGGGACUGGUGGUUCCGAAU